AUAUAACCUGGUGGUUGCCUAGAUUUCUUUACUUGAUAGUAAAUGACGUUUGUUGCUAAGAAGUGAUUAGGGUUGAUUAGCUUAUACAACAAUUUGUUAACGUUUCACAUUUGAAUAACAUACGGUUCACGCACAUCAGGAACAAUGUUGAAGGCGGUGAUAUUAAUCGGUGGCCCUCAAAAAGGCACUAGAUUUCGUCCAUUAUCUUUGGACAUCCCCAAGCCACUAUUCCCAGUAGCUGGAUUACCUUUAAUCCAACACCACAUUGAAGCUUGUGUUACCAUUGAAGCCCUGCAAGAGAUCCUUUUGAUUGGAUAUUACCCAGUUUCACAAAUCCAGCCAUUCGUCAAUGAAAUGCAACAGAGAUAUGAUGUCAAUAUUAAGUAUCUGCAAGAAUACACUGCAUUGGGAACAGCUGGGGGGAUAUAUCAUUUCAGGGAUCAAAUCCGUUUGGGAAAUCCUGACGCGUUCUUCCUGAUGAACGGCGAUAUAUGUGCAGAUUUUACGUUGGAAGCUCUGUACGUUUCCCACAAGUCUAAAGGGACCAAAGCUUUGGUGACGAUUAUGGGGACUGAGGCAACAAAACAACAGUCUCUUAAUUAUGGCUGUAUGGUGACAAAUAAGGAUACAGAUGAAAUUACUCAUUACGUGGAGAAGCCGAGCUCCUACGUAUCCGCACUAAUCAAUUGCGGAGUUUACUGCGUUUCCUUAGAUAUCUUCCAAGUGAUUGGCGAAGCUUUCCAUUCCAAAGAACAAGAUUAUUACAAGGGAAAUGGUAAUGCCAAUAAGGAAGCAGGUUAUAUACAGUUGGAACAGGAAAUCUUGGCACCUUUAGCAGCAACUGGUAAAAUGUUUGCUUAUCAAGUGCAAAGCUGGUGGGCUCAAAUUAAAACAGCGUGUGCUGCGAUCUACGCCAAUAAACAUUAUUUGGAAUUGUACAAAUCCAAGCAUCCAGAACGGCUGUCCCAAUCCAUCACCGAAGUAGGAGAGAGUGGAGAUGCCAAAUGCAACAUCAUCUCGGACGUUUAUAUACAUCCGUCGGCUUCGAUUCAUUCUACAGCAGUUUUGGGGCCAAACGUGAGCGUAGGUCCCGACGUUACCAUCGGCCCAGGCGUUCGUAUCAGAGAAAGCAUCAUAUUGGGACACGCGACCAUCGAGAAUAAUAGUCUGAUACUGCACAGCAUCAUUGGGCACAAUUGCAGGGUGGGACGAUGGGCGCGCAUCGAAGGCACACCCUCGGAUCCCGAUCCCAACAAGCCGUUCGCGAAAAUGGAAAACCCUGCGUUGUUCAACAACGAGGGUCGUCUGAAUCCUUCCAUCACCAUCUUAGGAUGCUAUGUUACGGUUCCAUCCGAGAUGAUUCUGCUGAAUUCCAUCGUGUUACCAAACAAAGAGCUGAAUCGCAGUUUUAAAAACGAAAUUAUAUUAUAAACUCUAUAUAUUUCUCUCUUUUUUUUUAAAAACAUGAUUUCUGUAAAAUGGUUUAUUAAACAGUUGCAUUAAGACGA